AUCGUCAGUCAGCGUCCAGUUCUGUGGAGAUAACAUCGUUCCUGCCGGGAAUUUACUCCAAGUCGGAAGGAAGCUCCAUUAUGUGGAUAUGAAUUUUAAAACCCAAAGUGACUAUGUGCUUUCUCACAACUUUGACAUCAUGUGACACGUCGGACUGCCCAAUGGAGACGACUACGAUAAUUACCACGACAAACGGUCAAGUCAAGAGAAUUCUUCAAGAACCUCCCGAGCCCAACGUUACAAGUCUUUUGAAUGCAUCCGCCCCAUUCCACCAUCACAUGAACAAUGCAGUGUUGGGUAUUCUGCUUGGCACACUGUCCCUUCUGACGGUUAUCAUGAACCUGCUGGUACUUUUUGCCGUAAGAAAGGAACGGACUUUGCACACUGUUGGGAACCUCUACAUUGUCAGCCUCUCCAUAGCAGACCUCAUUGUUGGGGCUACAGUCAUGCCCUUGAAUCUGGUCUACCUCCUUGAGGAUGAGUGGAAACUGGGUCAUGUUAUUUGCCAGUUCUGGCUGGUCAUGGACUAUGUGGCAAGCACAGCCUCCAUUUUCAGUUUGUUCAUUCUUUGCUUGGACAGGUACCGCUCCGUACGCCACCCCUUACAGUACCUAAAGUAUCGGACACGAGGAAGAGCAACGUUGUUGAUUUGUAGCGCAUGGCUUCUCUCCAUGACCUGGAUCAUUCCCAUCCUGGGGUGGCGGAUGUUUGCUCAGGUCGACAGGAAGCCAGAGCUGGAGAACCAGUGUGACACGGACUUCCGCUUUGUGACCUGGUUCAAAGUUCUGACAGCCAUCCUCAACUUCUACAUUCCUUCCUUUCUGAUGCUUCUGUUCUACUCGCAGAUCUUUAUCGCAGUUCGCGAUCAUUACAGAGAAUGGGAGAACUUCGCUGGUCCGAUGGUGAAAACAGAAGUGGAUGAUACAUUACAUAAUGGAAUGCAGCUGCAGAUAACCAAAGCCUCGGAGAGAGAGAGUCUUGCGUCACAAGCGUAUUCUCAGAACGAGGGACUGUUGGAUCAGUACAGUUUGGAGCAGCCUUACAACUCAAGGGACAACAACGAGGACAAUACAGAUUCCUUAUCUGAGACAAAGAGAAAGAGUUGUUACAAGAAGAAACCAAUGUUCAGUCUUUCGAAACGCAUAAGAAAGAGUGUACAAGACUCUAACGAGAUUUCGUUCCAGAGCGAUGAUGGGGAAACCAUCGCCGAAGGCCCGCCAGCAUUAUCUCUUGCCUUUCUGCAGUCCGAGAAUAACACUCAGCCCAAAACGUUCAUAAAUGCGAACGACUGUAAUGUGUUAGUGCCGAACUCUGUUGGUAACAUUUGUGAGAGUGCACCAACUGUGGAUAUUCACAAUUACACCACAGUUCUUUGCAAUCACAGCACUCCACCGUCACCGCCAUCACCAUGGGCUGAGAACAGCCCUCCGCUGGACGCCUCCAAUGCGCUCCCCAUCAAACAAACAUGGCAAAAGCUUUGUGAGCAAUCUAAGCAGAGCAUCCACAGCAUGCGCAUCCGAAAGGAGCGAAAGGCCGCCAGGCAGCUUGGCUUCAUCAUUGGUGUCUUUAUGGUGUGCUGGAUCCCAUACUUCAUCACCUUCAUGGUCAUGGCCUUGUGUGAGACCUGUGUCCAUCAUGACCUUCACAUGUUCACAAUUUGGCUAGGGUACAUCAACUCCACCCUGAAUCCCUUCAUAUACCCACUGUGCAAUGAAAACUUCAAAAGGGUGUUCAAAAAGAUAUUUCAUAUUAAUAGAUGAAGUUUUGGAGACAUGAUAAACUGUUAGCACGCCUGCUGCAUUGGUGUUUUCUCAAGUGUUUCUCGUGACACAUUUGUACGUUGGUAGUUCAGUGCAUCUGCCAUGCUUGUGUUAUUUUUGGGCAUCAGAGAUCUUGUAAGUACAGAGCAAUUUUAUUAUUUAUUGCCGAGCGUCGGUUUGACAUGUCUGCAAUCUGCAUCAGAUUCUAUGAUAAACUGCUUCAGUCCAGAGUAUUGGGUUAGUUCACUCAAAAAUGAAAAUUCUGGCAUUAAAUACUCACCCUUAUAUCGUUCCAAACCCGUAAGACUUUUGUUCGUCUUUGUAACACAAAUUAAGAUAUUCUACAUGAAAUCCAAGAGCUUUCUGAACCUGCAUAGACAGCAACGCAACUACCACGUUCAAGGCCCAGAAAGCUAGUAAGGACAUUGUUCAAAUAGUCCAUGUGACAUCAGUGGUCCACCCUAAUUUUAUGAAGCUACGAGAAUACUUUUUGUGCACAAAGAAAACAAAAAUAACAACUUUAUUCAACAAUUUCUUCUCUUCUGUUGUACCAUGCAUGUGUAAAAAAAGAAACUGUUGCAUAAAGUCGUUCUUUAAGGCGGGUCAAUAUCACCAAAGAGUGCCUUUCAACCCUCACAAUACCCAAAAAUUUUGGUCACAGAUUUUUAGAUAAUUAUGGGCCAUUAUUCAAAGCAUAAACCAUAUGAUAUGUCCACCCUGUCAUGUAUAUGUAUUACUGUGAAAUACAUUUUCAUUGCAAAUUAUAAAUACAUAAAAGAUUUUAUGUAAACCAUGUGUUUUUAAACAAACUCAUACAAUACAUGUAUUUUUUCUUAUUUGGAGAAAACUGCGAUAUUUGGAUGCAGUUUUCUGUUAUUUAUUAUAUUGCCCCCACACCUAGCUUUUGAACACACUGGAUUAUAUAGAUAUGAUUGAAUUAUUACUUAAAAUAUUAUUUUAAAAUUUCAAGAUGACAGAUGGUGGACCAGCACCUGUCAGGGUGGACACAUAAAGCAGAACACACAGAGCAUGACAAAAUAUGACAAUGAAACAUUUAUUCAACUUAAAAAAAUAUAUAAAUAUAUAUAUAUAUAAUGAUGAAUAUUAUAAUUACAUUCUCAAUCACAUUGAUAUACAAAUGAAUGCUAUGUCCAACCUGUCAUGUGUAUGUCCACCCUAUUAAGUCUAAGUGGCCGACAGGGUGGACAUUUUGGAACAACGACAGGGUGAACAUUUUGAGCUUCAAUUAGCACAUUAGUUUAUAGCCUACAAUAGCUAGUCUGGUUCUUAAAGAGAAUUUGGUAUAUUUAAACGUACAUAAUUUGAAAAUGCUGUAUUCUAAUCACUUCCAGUACAUUUUAUGCCAACAAGGGGGACAUGUUAAACUUAGGAAAAGCAUGUAAGCAAACUCAUAUGAAAAAAACUGUCAAUUUAAAAGUCAUCAACUUACUCACAUCAGCUGUUGAAAUUCUUGCCACAGAAGAGACAAAAAAUCUGCUGUCCUGAUGUCACUAAAGGGGAUUGCCUUUUUUAAAGGGGCGGAUUCCCCAAUAGGACAGGGUGGACAACCAUUCAGGGCAAAUUCUUCUUUUUUUAUAAAAUAAAAAUAUCAUUUUUAUUACUAAAUGAUCAAUCCACUCAAAUUGAGUAAUCUCUUAUUUAACAAAAUAUUAGUAGGAGAACGAGAAUUGUAUGAUUUGACUAUAUUCUACUCUCAUUCAAAUUUAAUGAGCAGUGCAUGGGACACCAAACAAAAAAAAAAAAGAAAAAUGAGAAUAUGUAGCCAAGAGCCAACUAAUACUUUUGUUAUGAAUAUAAAAACUUAGUGUAAUAUAACACAUUUCAUAGUCAUUUUUAUGUCAAAUUAUCAUGGCAAAUUAGUUAUUUAUGUACAAGACACCAAAAGGCACCCUACAGUGAUACUGGCCCGGGCGUAGCAUCAUAACAGUAUGGAUGAACCACUAAUGUGACAUGGACGAUUUAAUCGAUGUCCUUACGACAUUUUUGGGCCUUCAAAAUGGUAGUUGCAUUCCUAAAAUGAACGAAGGUCUUACAGGAUUGGAAUGACAUGAGUGUGAGUAAUUAAUGACAGAAUUUUCAUUGUUGGGUGAACUAUCCUUUUAAAACUGGCUGUAUUUGAGCACGACGUUGCUGUUUCAGCACUUACAUCUGAUGUAAUCAUGGUUAAGUAACAACUUUUAAUUUAAACAACACUUAAAUAACAUUACCUGAAACACUGAGGGUGAUGUAUGGUCAGUACAACUUGGGUUUGGUGUGUUUAACGCAGAACGUUGUUUAAAAAUGCCCUGGCAUUAAUUAUGCUUAAGUAGCACGUGCGGUGGAUAUAUAUUUUGUUGGCAGUUUAAUUAAAUAUGAGUAUGGUCAGGAGUGAAUGCACAAUGUCUGCAGAUAGCCAGGAAAUGCCACAGCUUCAAGCAAACAUUGAAAUUCUGGGUGUAUGAUAAUCAAGUAUAUUCAGAAUGGCAUGCGACCUUGUAGUUUUGACAAUGGUGUGGUGUAUGCAUACUAUGCACAAAUUGUCUGUGUACAUGGAUGAUAUACAAUGCAAUGCAUUUCACCUGAUCUUUGUUUUUAAUAAAAAUGAUGAUGAACAGUGAUGAUUUAAAGAAAAAUUAUAUAAGAUGUAACAUCUAAUGUAACUCAUUAUUUGAUUAAACUGGGAAAUAUGAAGACAAUUAUAUUGUUAAAUACAUUUUAGACUGGCUGUGUCCAAAAGCUUUGGCAGCUGACUUGUUGCUUAGCUGCCUUAUCAGGCAAUGUCUUUGCAGGCGGUGUUUGCACAUGAAGGAACCUCACAAAAUCACUUCGGACAGACUUCUGAGGCAGCAGGAAAUUUGAAUGAUCUACAACAAAAUCUAUUUUUAUCUAUUAGAGCUUUGGUGACAUUUUAUUACUACAAUACUAAUUACUUGUUAGAAAUAACAUCAAAAGUGGAGCAAUUUGGUCAAAAACACUUGAAAUGAGCACCAGCUGUAGCUUUUAGAUGCCAUAUCUUAUUAUAGGAUAUAUAGGCAGUGAAGGAUUCAUCUAUGCUGUCUUCAAAAAACAGUCAGACAAAGGUAU